AUGGCCAACAGGAAACGUCAGAGCACCACAAGCAACAUGUUGGAUCAUAGAGUGAGAUCUUGCCCAACCUCCUCUCACAAUAAGGAGCCCAAGAGCGAGGAGACAGACCUUUCACUUGAAGAAUAUGCUGCAAAGGAUGUAGAGCUGGCCACCAUCAGGCAGGGAAGCCCCACCCCAGUGGAGCAUGAGUGUAAUGAUAACAGUGGGGAUGGAGACUCCAGCUCUGACUAUGUGAAUAAUACCUCAGAAGAGGAAGACUAUGAUGAAGGCCUUCCCGAAGAAGAGGAGGGAAUUACAUAUUACAUUAGAUACUGUCCUGAAGAUGACAGUUACCUGGAAGGAAUGGACUGCAAUGGGGAAGAGUAUAUUCCCCAUGAUGAGCAUAAUGUUGAAACUGAUGAAUGCCAGGAGGCUGUUGAAGAAUGGACUGAAUCUAAAAUUCAGCACCAUGAUGAAAAUGAUGCGGAAGACAGGCAGGAGUACCCAGAAAGCCAUGUUCAGAUUCUGGAGGAUGAGGUAUCUUCUUUGGAGAUCCAAGACCAAGAGGGAAGUGUACAAUAUUGUCCAAGUGAAGAAAGUUACCAGGAUUAUUAUCCAGCAGAAGCCAAUGGAAACUCAGGUGGGACAUCUCCUUAUCAUUUGAGGAAAGAGGAUGCUGACCUGGAAGAGCAGGAAGAGGAUAUUGACCAGAUCGUAGCUGAGAUCAAAAUGAGUAUGAGUAUGAGCAGCAUCAACAGUACAGGGGAAAUGAGCCCAGAACAUGUUGGAAUGGAGAAUGUGCCAAAUGACUAUAAAGAACCAUGUUCACAAGAAGAGGUGGAUCACUGUGCCAGCAGACAUGAAGGAAGACCUAAAUCUCUGAAUCUUCCCCCUACUUCAAAACAUGCUGGAGAUGCACAAAGAGGCUUUAAAACCAAGGCCAGGACUCCAGAAGAGAGACAGAAAUGGCCACAAGAACAGGUUUGCAACAGUUUAGAACAGCCAAGGAAACAGCAGCGUUCUGAUCUCAAUGGACCAGUCGACAAUAACAAUAUGCAAGAGACAAAGAAGGUGGCUUCUUUUCCGAGUUUCGUUGCUGUUCCAGGCCCCUGUGAACCCGAAGAUCUCAUCGAUGGAAUCAUCUUUGCCGCCAAUUACCUGGGGUCUACACAAUUGCUCUCCGAACGAAACCCUUCCAAAAAUAUCAGAAUGAUGCAGGCCCAAGAGGCAGUCAGCCGUGUCAAGAGGAUGCAGAAGGCUGCUAAAAUCAAGAAAAAAGUGAGUUCUGAAGGAGACUCCCAGACUUUGACUGAAGUGGAUCUCUUCAUCUCUACUCAGAGGAUUAAGGUUUUAAAUGCAGACACACAGGAAACCAUGAUGGAUCAUGCACUGCGUACUAUAUCUUACAUUGCUGACAUUGGGAAUAUUGUUGUGUUAAUGGCAAGACGUCGGAUGCCCAGAUCAGCUUCUCAAGACUGUAUCGAGACCACACCUGGUGCCCAGGAAGGGAAGAAACAAUAUAAGAUGAUCUGCCAUGUCUUUGAGUCAGAGGAUGCGCAACUGAUUGCUCAGUCCAUUGGCCAGGCAUUCAGCGUGGCCUACCAAGAAUUUCUACGGGCCAAUGGCAUUAACCCCGAAGACUUGAGUCAGAAAGAAUAUAGUGACAUUAUCAAUACUCAAGAAAUGUAUAAUGAUGACCUUAUACAUUUCUCUAAUUCAGAAAAUUGCAAAGAGCUUCAUAUAGAAAAACAAAAGGGAGAAAUCCUUGGUGUGGUGAUCGUGGAGUCAGGCUGGGGUUCCAUCCUCCCCACAGUGAUUUUGGCUAAUAUGAUGAAUGGAGGUCCAGCAGCUCGAUCUGGGAAGCUGAGCAUUGGGGACCAGAUAAUGUCAAUCAAUGGCACCAGCUUAGUGGGUCUUCCUCUUGCAACAUGCCAGGGGAUCAUCAAGGGUUUGAAGAAUCAGACCCAGGUGAAACUCAACAUUGUCAGCUGCCCACCUGUCACAACUGUCCUCAUCAAACGACCUGACCUGAAGUACCAGCUGGGGUUUAGCGUACAGAACGGGAUCAUUUGCAGCCUCAUGAGAGGAGGAAUAGCAGAACGAGGAGGAGUCAGAGUUGGACAUCGUAUCAUUGAAAUCAAUGGACAAAGUGUUGUGGCCACAGCUCAUGAGAAGAUAGUUCAAGCUUUGUCCAACUCAGUAGGAGAGAUUCACAUGAAGACAAUGCCAGCUGCAAUGUUCAGGCUUCUCACCGGGCAAGAGACACCCCUUUACAUCUAG